AUGAUUGAGUUCGAGCUGUACUGUGAAACCUUUCUAGAUAGGUGGAUUUCUACUCUCGAAACUGAACUCAAACUAGAGGAGGACCCAGAGGAAGACCCAGAAGAUGAGCUAUAUUAUGAAUCUGAUUUGAAGUCAGAGAACGAGCGGGAGUAUGUACCUGGACUAGAGCCAGAACCAGAGCACGAGCUAGGGUUCGAGCCAGACCCUGAACUAGAAGUUGACCAAGAAUCUGAGCUUGAGUCAUGUAAAUCGUUGAACGAUGAAGCUCUUUCAUCUAAGCUACGUAGGAUUCAAAAUGGUUGGACAAUUGCAGAUGAAGAUUAG